AUGGAUUCACUAGAAACAGAAACAGACGACAAAGUCAAUGUUCCAAUUGAGACAAAAAUAGAAGAAAAAGAAACACUUCGAACAGAAACAAAACCUCAAGACAUAAAUUUAACAGAUAUACAAAUAAAAGUUGAAGACCCAAAAACCGAAGCCAAAAACAAGAUCACACGCAACAAGGAGUUGCUUAAGGCUAUUGUGCGAGGGAGAUGGUGGGAAGUAGAAUCAACACUAAAAGAAGAUAAAGCCGCAGCCACAGAGGCAAUAAACAGUGAUGGCAACACCGUGCUUCAUAUAGCGGUUGGAAUAGGUCGUAACUUUCUCGUCAGUGAAAUAUUAUCUUUAAUCAAACCCGGAAAAUUACCUAAAAUGGUAAAUUUAGAUGGAAGCACUGCCCUUCACAUUGCAGCAAUCGUUGGCAACACAGAAGCAGCAAUGCUCUUGAUUAAAAAUGACAGACGUUUGUUGGAAAUUCCAGACCAUAAAGGUGAAAUACCUUUGGAGAAAGCUUAUGAAAAUAUGCAUCUUGACACCAUCGAAUAUUUGUUGAAAGCUGUGAGUGAUGAUGGAAAACCCAACAAACAAUCUUCUACUUUAGAGGAUUCUGUUAACCCUGGUGUGAAAGUAGGCGUUAACCUUCUUGUUAAUGCUGUUUCUGCAAAGCAGUAUGUUAAGGAUAAUAUCUACGAAUGGAUAGUAAGGAGAAGUUGGGAAUUGGUUGAAAUAUUACAAGAUUACUAUGAAGCUGUAACCGAACUCAUACAGGAUAUAGCUGAUGACAUAAUUCUUAUUAUACCACUCAUACUACUUUUCAUCUUUGGCGGUCCAGUAUUGAUAUUUAUUUUGAUCUAUCGCUUGAUUCGCCUCCUCAUAUUGAUGGUUCAUUUCCCAUUCUUUAUGUUUUAUUUCCUCUUGUGGAACGUUGCUACCAAAGUAGUUGCACCCAUUAAGCAUAUCCAUAAGAAAAAGAAGGAAUGGGAAGAAGGAAAAGAAGUUCUAAAAUUAGUAUGUGAUGAAAUAGACAAGUUGGAGCUCCCUGAUGCUCAUCCUCGCUAUUACACAAACCCGAUUCUUGAGGCUGCACGUCAAAACGCUUAUGAGGUUGUUGAUGAGAUUUUAAUGAGAUCCCCUGAAGCAAUUCGGUAUAAAGAUAAAAGUGGGUAUGACAUCAUCCAGUUAGCAGUAAUACACCGUUCAGAAAAAAUCUACAACCUUAUCAAUAUCAUUGGGGAGCGUAGGAGUGUUUAUAGAAUGAUCGAAGAUUCUUCUAAGAAUAAUAUGUUGCACUUGGCUGGAAGAUUAGCUCCGUCGCAUAAACUAAAGCUGAGAACUGGUGCAGCAUUACAACUACAAAGAGAGCUUCAAUGGCGUGAGGAAGUGGAGAAGCUCGUGUUUCCAUCAUAUAUUACUAGAGAGAAUAUUUUUAUGGUGUCACCUGAUAUGGUGUUCACAAAGGAACAUGCGAACUUGGUAAAGGAGGGAGAAAAGUGGAUGAAAGCCGUAGCAGAAUCAUGCAGCAUCACUGCAGCACUAAUUACCACAAUUGUAUUUGCAGCUGCAAUUACGGUACCAGGUGGAAGCGAUCAAACUACAGGCACACCAUUGUUUACAGGCCACAUUGCGUUCACAUUCUUUGCUUUAUCAGACGCCAUCUCCCUAUUUGCAUCAAGUACGUCAUUACUAAUGUUCUUGUCGAUACUCACUGGACGUUUUUCUGAGCAAGAUUUUCUAGUCAGUUUGCCAAGACGAUUGAUUAUUGGUCUUUGUACCUUGAUGUUGUCUACAACUACCAUGAUAGCGGCCUUCGGCGCGACCUUGUAUCUGGUAUUUUGUCAUAGAGAAACAUGGAAUCUUGCUUUAACAUGUGUAUUAGCUUCUGUUCCAAUUGCUUCGUUUGGUACUCUUCAAAUUCCCCUCAUAGUAGAUCUGUUUCGGUCGACAUACGUACGCACAUUUGGAAAGCCAAGCAACCACAAUAACAUUAGAUUUAAUCCGGACCACAUUCGCUUAUUUUUCGGUAAGUGA